AUGGAAGAGACGGAGCCGCCGGGUACCAGGAACCGUAGCACCAGCGGCGGGAAAGGGGGCGGGGGCGGGGAGCCCCGGGGAGCUGAUGGGGUCGGCCCGGGGGUCCCGGGGGAAGUGGAGGUAGUGAAGGGGCAGCCGUUCGACGUGGGCCCGCGCUACACGCAGCUGCAGUACAUCGGCGAGGGCGCGUACGGCAUGGUCAGCUCAGCUUACGACCACGUGCGCAAGACUCGAGUGGCCAUCAAGAAAAUCAGCCCCUUCGAGCAUCAGACCUACUGCCAGCGCACGCUGCGGGAGAUCCAGAUCUUGCUGCGCUUUCACCAUGAGAAUGUCAUUGGCAUCCGAGACAUUCUGCGGGCGCCCACCCUGGAAGCCAUGAGGGAUGUCUACAUUGUGCAGGACCUGAUGGAGACAGACCUGUACAAGUUGCUCAAAAGCCAGCAGCUGAGCAACGACCACGUCUGCUAUUUCCUCUACCAGAUCCUGCGGGGCCUCAAGUAUAUCCACUCAGCCAACGUGCUCCACCGGGACUUAAAGCCUUCCAACCUGCUCAUCAAUACCACCUGCGACCUUAAGAUCUGUGAUUUUGGCCUUGCCCGAAUUGCUGAUCCUGAGCAUGACCACACCGGCUUCCUGACAGAAUACGUGGCCACACGCUGGUACCGGGCCCCAGAAAUCAUGCUUAACUCCAAGGGCUACACCAAGUCCAUCGACAUCUGGUCUGUGGGUUGCAUUUUGGCUGAGAUGCUUUCCAACCGGCCCAUCUUCCCUGGCAAGCACUACCUGGACCAGCUCAACCACAUUCUGGGUAUCUUGGGCUCCCCAUCCCAGGAGGACCUGAAUUGUAUCAUCAACAUGAAGGCUCGAAACUACCUACAGUCUCUACCCUCCAAGACCAAGGUGGCCUGGGCCAAGCUUUUUCCCAAGUCGGACUCCAAAGCCCUUGACCUGCUGGACCGGAUGUUGACCUUUAACCCCAACAAACGGAUCACAGUGGAGGAAGCGCUGGCUCACCCCUACCUGGAGCAGUACUAUGACCCAACAGAUGAGCCAGUGGCUGAGGAACCUUUCACCUUCGACAUGGAGCUGGAUGAUCUACCCAAGGAGCGGCUGAAGGAGCUCAUCUUCCAGGAAACAGCCCGCUUCCAGUCUGGGGCACUGGAGGCCCCCUAACCUGGACAGACGCCUCUGCUCCCUGGGGCCUGGCCCUGCCUCCUGCCUGCCCCUCCCCUGCCGGACUGUUAGAAAAUGGACACUGUGCCCAGCCCGACCCUGGCAGCCCAGGUCGGGGCAAAGGGUGGGCCUGGCCCCCUUCCCAUGCUUUUCUCAGACCUCCUACUUCAGGCGAGCCAAGGCUCCCUCCAGCCCCGCCACUCCCAGGACCUGAGGGGCUCAGGUGGCCCCAAAGCAAAUUCCCCUCUGCUGCUCUGCCUUUGUCUACCCCAGCUAUCCCAGUCCCUGGCAGUUCUGGAGUCGAAGGGCUUUGGCUGCCCUGGGACCUACUGAGGGGCGGUGGGGGAGGGGGGGUGAGGGACAUUGAGUAGGGAUUCAGGGCAAGCCCUGCCCCACCCACCUCAUUAAAACCCCACCCCAUUUUCCCUGAAGGAACAUUCCUAAGGCUCAAGGGCUAGUAUCCCUGAGGAGCAGGGCCCAGGCCUGAACCCCGUCCCCUCCCCAAAGCUGCCCAUCUAACGCCCCCCGCUGAUUCUGUGUGUGGGUGAACAGAAGUGGAGGUGGGGGCACGUGGAGAGCCCUGUGCCCCUGCCCACUCCCUGUGCCUGUAUCUAAUAUAUAAAUAUAGAGAUGUGUAUAUG